GUAUCGCUGUGUGUUUAGUCGCCUUCGUCGCUUGGAACGCGAAACAUACGACAUUGCCAACAAUUCCAACAGUCCGCCGCCAAUUCCCGAGCACCGUGCACCGCCGACCACGAGUUUUUCGAAUUCAACAUUUUUGAACGUUACGUCAGUUGCAGCAGCAACAAAAAUAUUUUUGGCGCCGUUUUAUUUGUGCGCCGUGUGUGUUGCGUUUUGAAAUCGCCAUAUCUGCCAGCUAAGAGCAGGCGAUUUUCUUCGCAUUGACUUCACCUAUUCGAGCCAGGAGUUUUCGGAAUCAACAGCCCACCGAAAAAACCGACAAAUAUUCGAAAAGGCUGUGUGAGGGAAGAAACCACCUUCGAAUAUGACAACCUCAACGCGCAGCAGUAGCAAUACGAAUAGCACCAAUAAUCCCCACAACGACAGCGGCAGCACCACCACCUACAACCACCACAGCCCCACAGGAUCGGGAUCCGGAACCGCAGGAGCCACCAUCGCAUCCACGAAUCGAGUGAUGCAGGCGGACGAGGACUUCAACAUCCGCUUUGUCAACCUGGUGCGCACCCACAAAUGUCUCUACGACAAGAAGGUGCCAGAAUACCGCAACAGGGACAACCAAGAGAAGGCGUGGGUCCUAAUUUCCAAGGAGACUCGUGAAAGUGUAAUACACUGCAAGGAGCGAUGGCGGAACCUGCGCGCCUGCCUGUCCCGCUACAUAAAGCAGCAGUCCGGAUCGGAACCGCAGCACAAGCCGUAUUACCUGACCGAGCACAUGGCCUUCCUCCUGCCCUUCCUCAAGUCCAGUCGAAAUUCCCUGGAGGGCAACAACAGUUUGGCCACCUUGUACCAGAUGUCACAGCAGCACCUGCAGCACCACCAGCCAUAUCUCCUCCACCCAGCCAUCCAUGCGCACGAGGAGCACAAAUACUGCGCCAGUACCAACAUCAAUAAUAACAAUAGCAUCAGCAAUAUCGGAGAUGAGGUCCUGGAGCUUAAGUACUCGAUAUCCGAGAAGGACGAUGAGGAGACUAUCGAUGCCUUCGACCCGGCAGUGACCAACUCGCUGGGUCUGAAGCGUCCUCCGUCCACGCCCACUCACAGUUCCGCCCACCAAAGGGGCGGAGGUGAUUCGCCUGCCAGGAGCGAUACGGCCAGUGCGGACAGCAUGAAGAACUUCAUUCCGGAUGUCCAGCUGGCCGAGACUGGUUCACAACUCAUGUACAAUGAUGGCGGACACGGCACACCACCGCCUCUGCACUACCACCCGCACUCGCAUCCACAUCCUUUGUCCCUGGCGAUGGAACAUCAUCCUUCCUUUGAACCCGGCAGCACCAAGAGAAUCAAAACGGAAUGCGAGGCCACCAGCACGAUGACGAAUGCAGGAAGUUUCUACGGCGGACUGAGUUCCUCGGAACUGGCGGACAUGGAAUUCUUCCGCAGCAUCCUGCCAGAUCUUGCGGCUCUGACUCCCCAGCAGCGUCGUAAGUUCAAGAUUGGCAUCCUGGAGCUGAUCGACGACGUCGUAACCCGCUAUCCCGCCCAGGAGCACUGCAACGGAGGAGCUGCAUCAGGCGUGGUCAAUGGCAGUGGAGGAAGUAGUAGCAACGGGGGAUCUGUGAAGCAUCAGAGGCGCAGCUCUGGACGCGAUUGGCGAAAACAAUGAAGGCAUGGGAGGAGAAGCGGAAAGUCACUAAUCCUUAACUAGAAAUAUGAUAUGUUUAGUUAGAAGCCUAAGGUGAAACUGCAGUUGAAGAGGUUACUAAUCGGUAUCCAGGCUAACUUCAGUCUGCUCACUGUUCAUGUGUUGUGUACGCUCAAUCAGAUGAGUAAGUAAAUGUCCUUAAAUGGUUUUACAUUCACGAUUUGGGUUCCUUAUCGAUAAGAACAAGUCGUCCGGUAUUAUAGUUUUUAUAAAAACGUUGAUAAAAAUUAAGAGGGUUUCAUUUCAAAUGUUUUUUUUACAAAUAACGGCACUGUUCAUAUCGAAAUCGAACACAUUUCAACGAACUUGGAAUAAUAAGGUCUCCUGAUAAGCCAUUAAGCUCUAUAAGAAGUAGUCUACCUAUACCGAAACUACAAAAAGGACACGUACUGUGUUUUGGGGUAUUCCUGACAGCUUCGUUUAGAGCGAAAAAACUAGGUUUAAGAAACUGUAUAUAUGCUGCUGCUAAAGCUUAAACUAUAGAAUCGAUGUACAAAGCUGUUCCCAUUUAAGUCAAACAAAGAGAAGGAAGGAAAUCAAAUUGCUGUGUAAAAUAAUAAACAAGUGAGAGUAUGGAAAUUA